UUCUUAUUUGAAAGCAAGGUUGGGGGGUGGGGGGGAACGGAUUCCUGACUUGAAGACUACGAUUCCCUGCAUCCCCUGCGCUCCACAGCGCAUGCGGGAAAGAUGGGAGACGAAGAGGAGAAGCAGCAGCCGCGCGUGCUGCAGAUGGUACGAGCUGAGGGAUCGGAUAAGAGCUGUGUCACGUUUGUGCUCAACAAUGAAGAUCACACUCUUGGCAAUUCUUUGAGAUACAUGAUUAUGAAAAACCCUGAAGUUGAGUUUUGUGGUUACAGCAUCACCCAUCCCUCGGAAAGCAAAAUCAACUUUCGCAUCCAGACCAGAGGAGGCCUACCUGCUAUAGACGCGUUCCAGAAGGGACUGGAAGACCUUAUGGGUGUCUGUCAACACGUGCUUAACACGUUUGAGGCAAGUGUAGAAGAGUACAAGACCAUGAACGAUGUGAAAAUGGAGUAGUAUGUCGACACCCGCCAAAUGGAUAAACCUCUGCACACAGCAACGGGUUUGGGGACUAUGAGUUAUUAAAAAGACAUUUUGUUUU